AUGGACCCUUCAGAACAGCCUGUUGCCCUACGGCGGCCCAAACGCCGUGCAGCCGAGGCUGUCUCCCCUCUAAAGCCCACAGGUUCCUCUAUCACCACUGGCACUCCAUCCAAAAGGCGAUCGUCCAAGCGUGUUCGAUUCUCGGACAGCUUCAUUCCCUCCACGACUGCAACUCUGGCUGCUCCGGCGCCAUCCUCAGGGACCACCGGUCUCACACCCGCCGUGCAAAAGCAGCGUCUUGCUAGCCCUAGGCGCCGUGUCUCUACACCAGCUCCUAGCCGAGACAAUGGCGGACCCGUCUUGCUGCCAUCUUCGCCAUCAGUGGAAGGCGAGUUGCAAUUCACUCCUCUUCGGCAAGCCCUCGGCGACCGCAUGCAACGACGCAUCCGCCGAAACCACCUGUCGGAAGAAGUCAAUGAAUUCGAGACCGACAAGCGUGAGAUGAGCAAGCUGCGGAAGGACAUCAAACUCAAAGACGAAGAGCUCAAACGCAUGCGAGCCGAGCUCGAGGAAGUUCGAUCCGACAAGCAAAGCCCAUGUUCGAGCGAGCAGGGUGCACAAACCGAUCUUGCCAGUUCUCGUAUCAGCGAAAUUGAGCAGGAGCUUGAUCACCUUCGGAGAAGCUUCCAAGAGUUCCACGAAAAUCCAGCUAUUUUCGAUAAUGGUGUCCUGCCAGUUCAUGACGAGCCGUGGAGUCAUGUCCAGCGUGGUACUGGGACCGGACCACGAAGCGAUAGCGGCGACACCGUCCAGAUCUUCGAGGAUAGUGUUGAUCAGUAUGCUUCGGCCCCGCGUCUGUCGAGCAGUUACGCCCACCAGGAUGCGCAGGACGCUGCCAUCAUGGGUCUUGAACUCGAAUCUGCUCGUCAAGUCAAACAGUCUCUUCUUGGUUCCUUCUCCCGACGAUCGACUCUCGAUGCUAGCGACCUACAUUUUGCAGAUUCCCCCAGCAGACCUACUGCUCACAUGUCGUCACCCAUGCCCAAGGUGCCCAACGACCUGUAUGCGAAUUUAGCCAAGCAGCUCAAGGUCGCCAAUGCACGCGCUGAAGAUGCCGAGUUGGCCCUCGAAGCUCUCGAAGGCGAAGUGCGCGCCUUGUGUUCCAGCUUCUCCGAGGGAGAUGCACAACUCGGCCUCAAAGCUCUGGCUGAUCACUUCCGGGCCAUUCGCCUGGAACUCGAGCGCCUCAUGCCCGGCGAGUCCACCGUCGGUCUGACUGACAACGCCGCUUUGUUCCCUGACCUCGUCAGCAAGCUGAAGACAGUGAUGACGGACUUGAAUGAGAAGGCGACUGAGCUGCACAACAUGCGCACGCAAGAGAGGAACCUCCGCAGCAAUUUCGAGCACUCCAUACAGUCAUACGACAAGGCGGCCAACAAGAUUAAAUGUCUGGGAGAAGAACUGGACAAGAUGGCCGAGGAGAUGCUCGAGAUUCGUGUCCGUGCGAAGCGCGCCGAGGACGAGCGAGACGAGAUUGGGCGUGACAACGACAAGCUACGAGAAAGCCUCAAUAGCUACCGUGAUGAGGUGAAGAGACUCGAAGAUCUCAUCACGACCAUGGAGGCCGAACAUCGCGUUGCCCUACAAGAUGUGCGUACCGAAAGCACCAGCUUCCGCGAGGAGAUGGACGCCAAGGUUGCUGCUGAGACGACCGGACGCCGCAAAGCCGAGGAGUCGGCGGUCUCGCGCCUCCGCAAGAUUCAGGAGCUGGAGGAGAAGCUGCAAGAUGCGAGGGAGCGUGCCGCCCAUGUCGAGAAGGAGCUUAAUAUCGAGGUCGGCGGGCUGAACUCCCGCAUUGGCGCAUUGAGUACCGCGCUCCAAUCAGCCAACGAAGAGACCGGCCGAUUGAGGAAGCUGCUGAAGAAGUGUGAGACAAAAUACCGCGAAGAGGUGUACCGCGGCGAGGAGACGGUGAGCAAGAUGCGAGACGAGAUGAUCAAGGCUGCGGCGCGUGUGGCUGAGAGCAGCAAGGCCCAUCGCCGCAAGAGCAAGGUUGGCCUGGCCAACUGGGAGCUGGAGAGCGAUGAUGUGGCUGUCGACGAGCACGGCGUGCCGAUGACUCCUUCGAGUGUCGUCCGCUUCGCCCAUUACUCGGAAGUUCAGGACCUGGGCGACGAGGACGGCGAAGAGGACGAUGACGCUGAUAACGACAGCGUUCCAGGCAGCGUGGAGGUGUCGCGAGGCAGGAAGAAGAGCGUGCUCCUCACCCCGGCUCAAAACCUGGCUAAACGCAAGGGCAAGCGGAAGUACGACAGUGGCAUCGGCAUCAGCGAGUCCUCUCCGGCCGCGGACGACUUCGAUGACAGUGGGCUGGCGACGCCGGAUCUGAGUUCGGAGACGGACUUUGAUGUCGACAUGGAGAUGGAAGAGGAGCAGCAGCAGCAGCAGCAGCAGCAGCAGCAGCAGCGGGCUCAGAUGGCCUUUUGA